AUGAAAGGUCGGUUCUAUGCUGUGACCGGAGCGGCCUCCGGAAUUGGUCAGGCUGUAGUGGUUCGGCUGGCGGAGCUCGGCGCAGCUGGAAUUGCCAUCAGCGAUGUCAACACUGUGGGACUAGAGGCUACGAAGGCACUAUGUACCGGUUUCAAGACCCGCACCAUCGCUCAGAAGGUGGAUGUAAGCAAAUACGACCAAGUUCAACAAUGGAUCCAGUAUACAAUUGAUGAAUUUGGUCGCUUGGAUGGUGCAGCGAAUGUGGCCGGUAUUGCCGGUGGCACUGGCAACACGACCUGUGCAACGAUGAAAGAUAGUGACUGGGACGCAAUGAUAAGCAUCAACCUAACUGGUGUCAUGCAUUGUAUGCGGGCUCAAAUACCUCAUCUGCCUACCCCGGGCGGUGCAAUCGUCAAUGUUUCCAGUACAUCCGGACUGCGAGGUCUUCCUCACAACGCGGCAUAUUCCUCCAGCAAGUUUGGUGUCAUUGGAUUGACAGAAUCGGCGGCUGGAGAGUUUGGAAGCAAGGGUAUUCGAAUAAACGCUAUUCUUCCGGGGCCGAUUGAUACUGCCAUUUUCAGGGACGGCGAGAAAAAAGGCCUCUUUGAUUCCGGGGCUAUCAGCGCUACUACGCUGUUAGGGCGCAUGGGGAAAGCAGAUGAAGUGGCAAAGGUACUUUGCUUUCUACUGAGUGACGAUGCUUCAUACGUAACAGGAGGUAUGCUUGUCUAUCAUAUUUUGAUCUAUCCAAAAACACUGCGAAUCAAUCACUAA